GCAUCCCAACCGUCUCGUCUUCCAAACUGCUUCAAUCUCAAAUUUCGUGCCUCAAGCAACACAACGCACGUGUGCGGAUCCUGCACAUAAUUUCGCUCGCUUGAUUCCCACGGACCCCCAACCCCAACCUCAAACCCCAAACCGUCUAAUCCUUCCAUCCAUCCUUCCUUCAUUCCCGCCGGACUUACACACACUCGCGAAGAUGGAGACCUUCGUGAUCCGCACCCCUAGCUCCUCAGCUAACAUCGGCCCGGGCUUCGACGUGAUCGGGCUCGCGCUGUCCAUUUACUUGGAGCUGCACGUCACUAUCGACCGGACGAAAACAACGUCGACGGAGCCGCUGAACUGCCGCAUCACGUAUGAGGGGCAAGGCGAGGGGUCCGGCGACGUGCCGCUGGACCCGGCCGCCAACCUGAUCACCCGCGUAGCGCUAUACGUCCUGCGCUGCCACGACCAGCGCGCCUUCCCCGUCGAGACGCACGUGCACGUCGUCAACCCCAUCCCCCUAGGCCGUGGUCUCGGGUCCUCAGGUGCCGCCGUCGUGGCCGGUGUCAUGUUGGGCAAGGAGGUCGGCGGCUUGCACCACCUGGACAAUGAUCGGCUUUUCGAUUUCUGUCUCAUGAUCGAGCGCCACCCGGAUAACGUUGGUGCCGCUUUGUUCGGCGGGUUUGUGGGCACCUACUUGAAGCCAUUGGCGCCGGAGGAUAUGGCCCGCGUGGAGAUCCCUCUCAGCGAAGUGUUGCCUGCCCCGGCUGGUGGCCUCGACACGGGUGAGCGACCUCCCGAGCCGCCUCACGGUAUCGGUCACCAUAUCAAGUUUCCCUGGGCCAAGGAGAUUAAGGCCGUUGCUAUAAUCCCUAAUUUUCAAGUUCCCACGGCCAAGGCGCGCGAGGUAUUGCCUAAGAUGUACCCGCGACAGGAUGUCACAUUCAAUUUACAACGAAUAGCGUUGCUCCCUGUAGCGCUAGGACAAUCUCCUCCGGAUCCUAAUCUCAUCUACCUUGCCAUGCAAGACAAGUUGCAUCAGCAGUACCGGCAGACGCUGAUCCCCGGAUUGGGCGAGAUCGUGGAGUCGAUGUCGCCAAGUUCGCAAGAGGGGUUGCUAGGUGUAUGUCUCUCAGGUGCGGGCCCCACGAUCUUGGCGCUGGCGACGAGCAACUUUGAGGACAUCGCCGAGAGAAUCAUCAGCAGGUUCAGGAAGGAGAAUAUCGACUGCCAAUGGCUCAUCCUAGAGCCGGCGGAGGGUACCAAAGUAAUCCGGCCAUCAGGUCAGAGUUAAUGGAGGGGAACACAUAAGAUGAAUUGAUACCCGCGCGGCUACUCGGCUUCGUGUCAGAGUGCCUAUAGAACAACCCACUACGAACAUAUCUAAGAAAUCGACUUAAGGAUUAUAGGAAUAAGAUCCAAAUUAAGCUUAUUUUAGCCAAAAGAUCGGCAAUGGGUUAGGAGAGGUCUUAAUAGACAUAUGCGGCUAAAAAUAGACGAAAAUGGAUAUAUGCGCUAAUGCAAAUGAUUAAUCAAGUUCGGGUGUCUUGCUAGUGUAUUUUGCUCUAAGUCGAAUGGUUGAUGUCGCGUGCUUUCGGGUAGUUGAGGAAGCUUUUCUCGCGAAUAAUCCGGUCUUAGAUAUUGACUCUAGAAAGUGAAUAUGUAGAUGAUGUGAGGCUACCCAUCGGGUUAACGAAGUUCCUCUAUCUCUAUUAUCGCCCAGUCUUUUUGGGGUGCAUUCGCCAACCCAGCUGGCCCAGAUUUUUCCAAGGUUGGUCG